UCUAUCAAAAACACAAAACAAAGUGGUUUGCAUAUUAAUAUAUCCAUCAUUAAGGACUAUUAUAAAAGCAAAAAAUAGGAAAAAAUUACUUUUAAACGGGUAUACACGAUUUGAAAUAGUUUUAAAUCAACACCAACAUUGUCAGAAGUUAUUGUUGUAAAGGAAUAAAGAACUUGUAAAGUCGUUCGUUUACUGGUAAGAACAAAUUACCGGCUAUCAAUAAAAGUACAUAAAAUAACGAAAAACUUCAAGGCAACUGGGGGCUUGCAGAUUAAAGUCUACCAUAGUGAUUUGCUACUUGGAGCGAACAAAAAACCCAAUAGCGAUAAUAAAAAACGUAUAGAAGCAUUGUAGAGGGUUUUCGUAACAGACAUGACGCCCUUCGAUGAUUUCGCAUAUCUGAUCAAUCAUGUAUUGUUGGGUGAUGAACCGACAAUCGAGGAUUUCAUACUGCUGGUGGGCACGCUGGUGGCAUUUAUAGCGUUUAUACUCUGGUGUUGUUUUCCCAUACAACCUAAGGAUGGUACUAAUCAUCGACAAUUCUCUUGCAAAUCCCUGCAAAACUCACUUGAGUCUGCACAGGUGCAUAGCAGUUACAGCAAAUUGGCGUAUAAUGAAUACACAAUGAAAAGUGGCGGACAUGUCUAUCAUUGUUGUACUUAAUUAGGUAGUAACGAUGCGUUCUACGUGCGGGCGUUAUAAUUGAAGAAUUAAAAAUGUAAUACAUUUCAAUUUAUGCGGUAGUCGUAGCGAAGCGAAAAAUUAUAAAAAAAAACGCGCUAAAGUAUUUAGCAUAGUAAAACAAAAUGAAUUUCAUGGAAAGAGUGAGCCAACUACCCAAAAUGCAGGUAAUAAAACGUAAAAUCGAAUAAGCAAGAAUCAAGUGCUAAAGGACUUCUAUUAAAGCAUAUUUACUAUGUAGUUAUUUUUAAUUAAUUAAAAAGUAAAACAGUCAAAGUCAAAUAUAUUGCCUAUAUACAUUUAAAUUUAUUUAUUUAUUUAGUAAUAGUUGUAACGUGAAAUAAUAAGAAUAAUACGUUAAGUUCAAAUUUAGAUGAAAACAAGGCUGCGCCUCGCUAAAGCGACGUUCGUAAUGUAAAAUGAACAUUAAAUGACAAAGCAUGUAUAAUUUAAUUUUUUUACAUGCAAUUUCACUGCAAUUGGAAACGCGUGUAAAUAAAGUAAUUUCAUUGUAAUAAAUGCAUUGAUUAAUGAAUGACACACACAAACAUACAUACAUUACAUAUAUACUACAUUUAAUACAUACAUAUAUACACGAUACCAAAUAAAACAAAUAACGUUGAAAAAAAUAUGUUUAAGAGUAAGUAAUUAUUUGCUGAAAGUGCUUAUUCGAUUUUUUUUAGUUGAAUAUAUUAUUCUUAUUAUUUAUUUAUAUAU